AGGAAAAACGAUGGCGCACGGACACGGAGGACGACGACGAGGUCAAUCGACCGCGACUGCGACGACGACGACGACGACAAUGACGACAAUGACGACAACGAUGACGACAACGACAACGACAACGACAACGACGAGUUGCCACCAAUAGAGACCUGUGGCAAGACCUACGGGAAGCCUGCCUACCUCAGUGGGGUCACCAAGGCCUCAGACGGCGAGCCCGAGCAUGACCGCAAUGGCACGACGAACGCUAAUGGGUAUGCUGGUGCGCGACAGCAAGCGGACAGCGACUCAGCCCCUGCCUUCGAGGGCGCCAAGAAGAAGGCCUCGAUCAAGGCGGGGAAACCUUCGAGGUCACCAUUGCACAACCUGGAGACGGGAAUGCACCCAAGCGUUCAAAAGCGAAGCGUGACGCAGGUAGAACCAAGUCGGCACCUCGCACGAAGAAACCUCGCGCACCCGCCGACGACGAAGAGCUUCAACCCGCUCCCAGUAUGUAUGCCGGUUACCCUUACGGCGGCUGGGGCGAGCACCAGCACCCAGGCUGAGCCGGCGGAGAACACCGCGCCUUCUGUCCCAACCGCGACGCUCCCCCCGCUCCCCCGCACGAAUACUCGUGAAAAGCUCACUGGCAAAAACGGUCCCUUAGAGAAGAACGCCUCUUCGGCAGAGAACGCCCCCCUUGCACCUAAGCCUCGUCAUCGUAAGAAGUCAGGUCAAACCGCUCCUUCCCAUGAACACUCCAAUCAUGGAGAAGGUGCACCCACGCCUGCCGAGUUGGAGCCUGGGCUAGAGGGCUCUGGAAAGGGGAAGGGGAGGGCCAAGAAACUCGCCCCUGAGACUGAGAAGAGGGUGCUCCCGACACGACGGACCCGAGGCCAGUUGCCGGCGCGCUAUGACGAAGAAAAUGGAGGCGCCGCGACCAUGGAGGACGCCGAAGACGCGGAGCGUGCAGCUAGAGAUAAGGUGUUUAUGCAAGCACGCGCGGAGCUGUCGGACACCGGACCGUCGGAGGCCGGCCCAUCGAAGAAGAGGUCUCGUGACCAGCGUGACUCUGAUUAUGAGGAGGCGGCUGCUGCUGGAAACAAGGCGAGGGGUGGGAAAAAAACUCAGAAGAAGGGAAGGAUGGGUUUAAUGCCCAUGUUGGCUUGGGCGAAGGCAGACACCGGGCCCGAAAGGCGUUACGUCUACGUGCGUCAAAACUCCAUGCGACUCUCCGACAUACAAGUCCUCAAAGAGUACCUCGGCGAUUACGAUGAUGAGAUAUACGCGUGGCAACGUGGCUUCUGGGAACUCAAACGGUACGAGAGCGACACGAUAGAGAUCUCCGCCAACACGCCGGCUCUGCUAUUCCGUGGGUCAAAAAUAGGCUUCUGUGUUGGUUUGGCGGAGGAGCUGAGGGAAUGGGAUCGUGCGCUGAACGGGGGAACCCUGGCCCCUCUCAACGCUACGAUCUGCCUUGGGAGUGUGGGAUGGAUUCUGGCACGGUGGUUUUGGCCUGGAUCGAGGUGCAAGGCACUCGUCGAAGGCAAGACCAAAUCCAUUGGAGUAUUUGACCAGGCGCAGGGUGAGCCUCACUCGUCUUUGCGUCUCUGGCAUUACCGCACUUCCCAAUGGGUUCCCCGAUGCCCAUCCGAAAGAGCGCCAUCUGGCUCGCUCGUCCUGUUACGCAACGUUCACAACUCCUGGCCGGUUAACGCGAGUGAGAUCAUGUUGCAAUGGGAGAAGGCGGGCAAACAAGGGAAGGCGUGGCAUUCAAAGACUCGUCUGAGCUUUCCCAAAUUCGAGGGGCUCGAGCCUCGUAUCAAAACCGAGCAACCCGCGGAGGAGGACGCGCACGCGCCCAAUGAGGAGGAUGCCGAUGCCGCCGAUGCGAGGGACGGUGCUAGGGCUGAGAUCGUGGCCAGCAUUGCGCCUAGGAAACUACGCGCACUUCUCCAAAGCGUAGUGGACUACGCGAACAGCGUCACAAGUAAGCCCAGGACAAGGCGGCCUAGUGCCAGGGCAAGGGGUCUAGAUCCAUUAAGGACCAUCAACGCUACCCAAGAUGAUGCACAGGCAGGGGGUCCGGGCGACGACGCUCAGACAGCCGCCCCAGACCCCGGGACUCCGUUCGGCGCCAUCACACUCACCCGUAACAUGUCUCUACCUCUCAUAACCCGUCUGUACUCGACGAAGAAGGGCAUUCACUUGGUGACACGCGGUCGCAACCUUAACGACGUCAAGACCAUGACCGACCCCAUCCGUGAAAAGUGUCUGGCUGGGCUGUCAGACAGGCUCCCAGACGCAGUCGGUUCCAAUUGCUCACAUUGUGGCCAGACUAUCGAUCGCGAGGUCCCAGCGUUUCCUGUGUACAAGAUAGGCCACGCAGGAACGGCUUCAGUGAAGUGCCCCUUCUGCCUGAAGGUGUUCUUUCCACCACAACCUGGGCCGCCGGAGAAGCAGCUACGGAUGAUCGAAGCCCAACGAUAUUACGACAUGGCUCGGGAGCCCAACCCUAAGGAGUACAAUGACACCCCCGACGUCGUCAACAUGCUCAAAUCUCUUCAACACAUCAUCGCCGCGGAGAUGGCGUUGCGUCCGCGCGAUGACAACCGUUCGAAGCUAACAGCGGCGAAGAAGGCCAAGGCCAAGGUCACGGCCAGAGUUCAUCAAGAGGUGCCCUCACGGCGCAAGUCCCCGACGCGCAAACGCACCACCUCGAGGAUAUCUAAGGGCAAAAACGCUGCGAAGCAGCACGAAAGGCUCUCCACUCCACCUCCGAGAGGGAGAUCUAGGUCCCCGACACCUCUAGGUCAACGACAGGGCGACGAAUUGGUCGAUGCGAUGGUUUGGCUAGACAAACAUGAAUCGCCUGUGGAGAUUCCGGUGUACGCGCGCAAUGGGGAGAUAUCCCUUGCUCUGAACCACAGGCUGAAGAAGGUUCUGAGCCCUGUACACGCCUUCCGUCGUCUUGACAUGAUGAGGCAGGAGUGGCAAGAAAUCUCCUCUGAACCGAUGGCGAUCACCUUGAGCGAUAUCCACAAGUUGUUCCUUCGCUCCACUGACGUGGGAUGCUGCCUGCAAUUCAGCACCUUCUACACCUAUUGGGAACAAGCACGAAGUCAAACGGGCGACGAAGACCUUCUCAGCUCUCUGGGCGUCGAAAAUUCGACACACCCACGCGUAGCCCUGUUGUGGACCAUGUCCGAGCUAUUCCGGCAUGGCAAGUCUUGGGUAUGGGAACGUCAACAGACACAAUGGCGUGCGUUUUGGCCCGGCGAGGACCCCAUCUCCCUCGUCAGGCACCUCGAGGAGCCCAUCGUUCUGUUCAAGACCUUCUCCUAUGGAGAAGUACCUGGACUAGGCUCUGCAUUGCGUAUCUUGGACCCGUCCCUGAGAGCGAUAACCAAGAUGGUAAUGCAGAACGCCGUCCGCCCGUCAAACGGGGCACUCAAUCAAAGGGUGCCAAUGCUACAGACGGGUCCAGAGCGGGCCUUCUUUGUGCGCGCUGGUGUCGUUCCUGGUGUGGUCCGUUGGGAAGACACACCCUUUCUCCGGAGCUUGAAGGAUGCUGGGGAACAAUUAGAGCACUGGAUCCGAGGUAACUGGGAGGAAGUCAGCUUCGACGACCAUAUACCGUUGAGCGCUCUCACCUUCGCGAUCCUCCUAAGGAAGAAAGAGUCGGGGCAGAGCAAGAACCUGGGAGCCGAGUUACUGAAGUGGGAUGAAUACCUGCUGAAGGGCGAAGACACUCUGCGGCUGGUGUUCAACUUCGACCUGGAGCAGGGCUGCAACGGACUGAUGGUGAUCGCUUGGCUGAAGGCUCUGAGGGGCUCUCAGGCCGAUGAGUUCGCCCUUCCUUCGACGUUCUUCAUCCAGAACGAAGGGAAGACAUACGGAGAGCUCCUCCAGGCUUACAAGGGGGAGACGAAGAAGGGCCCUCACGACCCGUCGGAGAUCUUAGACCUCGACUCCGGUAAUAUCUGGUACUGGAGCCACUACCGUUCCCGGUGGAUCGCAAGGAAGAGCGAUAAACCUAUUCCUGCACAGAACGUGAUCAUGAUCCGUUCUUUCCGUAACCGUUGGCCUCUGCACGCGUCGAAGAUUAUCCACCUGUGGGAGACAAAGGGUCAUGACCAGAAGAUUUUCCACUCCAAGAGCUUUGACAUGAAUGUCGGUGAAAAUAAGGCCGGGCGCAAGCGUUCACGACGUACAGAAUAA